UCUUCUAAUAUAGUUUCUCAUUCGCGUUAAGUGGAAAGUUAAAACAUUGCUAAAGAUCAGGAAGACAUUACGUAAAAAUAAGAAAGUCAAUAUCGCCGCGGGUUUUCCCCCGAUGGGAGAGACUUGUUAUUCACGUCCGAAGGCAGAACGGAACGUUUAUUGACAAUAUCGCUAUACCGUUACCGGACACGUGUCGGGCUCGUCAUUAUGCUGACAUAGGCGUGACACGUGUUCUGUCAGCGAGGAUUCACGUUAUAUCAUAUUAUUAAUUAUUGUGUUUAUCGCGGCCGCUUUCCCUCGCGGCUCGGCUCGCUGCAGUGCCGGAGUCGAGCGUGGAAUGACGGCACGGAACGAACGGCCGUCAUCAUGGGCAGCAAGAUAUUCUCGCCGUACUUCGUGUCCGGGGUCAUCGUCAAGGGCUUCGGCAGGGGCUCGAAGGCGCUCGGCAUUCCGACAGAAUCUGUAGUCAAUUCUUUGCCGAAGAAUUUAAGCACUGGAAUUUACUAUGGCUGGGCAGCCUUGAAUGGAGAAGUUUACAAAAUGGUUGCAAGCAUAGGAUGGAAUCCAUAUUACAAGAAUGAGAAAAAAUCAUUGGAAGUUCACUUGUUACAUAAAUUCGAAGAUGAUUUCUACGGCGAGGAGCUUAAGGUUAUCAUUGGCGGAUACAUAAGACCGGAAAAAGAUUUUUCUUCUUUAGACGAACUUAUCACAGAGAUAAAGAAUGACAUUGCAAUAGCGGAAAGUCAAUUAGAAGAACCUGUUAUAAAUAAGCUGAAAAAUGAUGACUUUUUAAUGAUCAAAGCAAAUCAGUCGUAAGAAAAAUGUAAGGCUUUAUUUGAUAAAAGAAGUAUUUUUGUUACUUUUUAUUGCAUACUUAUUAAAAAUUCCUCUGUAAAUAUGUAAGUAUUAUUGUAGUCUUAAAAGAAAUAGAAUCGAGAUUUAUAAUAAAUUUGGAAAAAAUGCCGAUGAAA